ACAGAAUUCAGUUGUCCGAAUGCGCGCGUCGCGUGUUAACGUGCGUGGUGUCACUCCACAACUCGCAUACAAAAUAAAUCAAAAUAGUCAUAAAUUUUCAAAAGCCAUCUCUGAAAUAUGCAAUUGAACAGUGUUCUCGUGUCCAAAAACGUGUUACAUGUUAGAAAAUUGUGAACGAACUUGUUAUAACGAGUGGUGAUGUCAAGAAGCUUUGAACCCAGCGUCCCAGUAUCUUGAAUAGUGAUAUGAAACAACAUUUGUAAGGCAAUAAAUAGGUGACGUAUAUAAGACACAAAAAAAAACUAAAAUGUCAAAAGUGAAGUGAAAGUGUGGCGAGUGUGGCAUGUGGAGGCUAUGGGGAGGCAGCGGCCGACCGCGAGACACUUCCACAACCAGCCGGAGCUGCGGCGAGGAGGCGGCUCCGGGAUGCUGAGGUGGAUAUUCCUGGUGUGGCUCGCUGGCUGCAGCCCUCGGGGGAACACCGUCAGGCAGGAUGGUUGUUCGUUCCCGGUUCGCUGGCAGGGUCGCUGGUUCCAGUCCGGGGUGAUCCAGCCCAUCAUGAUAGACGGAGCUGUUCUCUCUAACAAGGGGAGGUGCCUCUCAUCCGAGGGUGACAAGUUCCUUAUUGUCGACGAGAAAGGUUGUUACCGCUGUGUCGUGAUGCACGAAAAACAUAUUAAUGUUCUACAAUAUAAAGAAACUUUCUGUCACCGUCGCGAUGCCUUACCCCACCUCUGUUCUUCUAUCACCGGCGAUGCGUUGCUAUACUCUAUGUUCCGGGAGAGCGCCGAGCCCGUCGACUGCCCUCUCAAAGGACCCUUCUCAUUCACUUAUAACAGGGGGCACGGGGAUUGCAAGAUUCCGGCCUCAUCCAUCGAGAGCUGCACCGAGGAUUCGAGACUGCUGCUCAACUACCAGGCGUGCCCUGACGUUUACGGAUCAGAAAGUACAGUGGAGGAAUUAGAAUGCUUGGCGACGUGGAAGGAAGGUAGUUUGAGGUUCCUGGUGGGCAAGCUGCAUCACAACCACGCCACCAGCAACGAGGACAGAUACCGCUGCUUCGUGUACGAGAAGACAAAUGGUAUUGCAUCAGGUAGUAAUAUGAAGGAGCCAGCUCCUGGCGGAGUGGAGUAUAGAGUGGCGCAAUCCGGAGACGCCACGUGCAACGGACUGUUCAGUGCCACUGAGGGCUCACGGACCAUGGCUUUGAAACGAGUUUCAGUUCGCUUCAACUGUCAGUUCCCUUCGUGGAUGACCUUCUCUCACACGUGGCACACGCUGGACUUCAGCAGUAACUACACCUUCUACCAGCGUAACGCGACCCUCCGCAUCACCAACCAGACCGGCUCCGAGAUCAAGGUGUACUGCGUCAGCAUCAAGGCCAGCUCCCCCAGCGGCAACUCGGUCGCUCUGGUCGCGCACUGGCAACACCACUGCGUGUCUCGUUUCGUGUGCGUGGUGCUGUAUCGCCGCGACACCUUCAUAGCGGAGCUGCAGCGAGGGUCUCCGGCCGCGCGGCCCGACGACGCCUGCUCCACGCAUCACUUCAACGCCGUCACAGCGCCAUACGUCACGCUCGUUGCUAGCAAUCCUGAAUCUAAAGAGUGUCCAGACUCAGGGAAAUACGUGAUAUCGAACAGACGUCACAAGAGGAGUGACGGCGCGAGGAGCGCGGCGGUGGAGGGGAGGAAGAGAAAUAACACUAGGACGUUCAGCUUUAAUAUAAGGAACAUGUCCGACACGCCCACGCUGAGGAGCCGGAGACACACAGAGGCCGCGAACUGCGCGGGCGGCUACAACAGACUGGAGAUCGGCUGCACCUCCACCAACAACAUGGAGUUCUACUCCAGCUGCGACAACAGAGACCUCGUCACAGCGUACACGUGCCACGGCGGCUGGUAUGAGGGUGGUUCGUCGUUCGUGGUGACGACCCCCGUGACCCGGGACAGCACCGCCGCCCGCCGGUACUGCUUCGUGUCCCGGGACAACCGCGGCAGUCUCUCGCUCACCCGCUCCCAGGAUAACUGCGAGCGCGGGGAGAGAACAGCCGUCGUCUUUGACGCUGUGUUCACCGGUAAAUGUCAAGACGAGCCCAACCACCAGCCGCCGUCGAGACCUCCGUCACUCUUCGUCGCCCUCCUGAUGCUGGCCGCACAGCACGCGGCGCGGAGGUGAUUCCCGACGCCGCAUCCCGCAGGACACCGCAACACACGCCGCGCGUAAUGACACUCGAAUUUAUUUCCUAUUAUUUAUUGUAUCGCUCUUGAGCUUAACGUUUUAUUUAGACUUAGUCAUGAUAUCGACACUCGUAUAAUACCCCAAGUUCGUAUUCCUGUUACAGAACCGCUCGAGUAUUAUUUUUUUUUAAUCUAGACAUGUCCUCUCGUAGCACGCACUUAAUAUUAUGUUGUUCUACGAAACGUUUAAAGAGACGUUUUGCAGUCAUUAAAGUAAUUACGAAACAUAGUGUUAUAGAUAAAUAUUUUCGCUAUAAAUCAUGCUCGUUUCUAUCAUACGACUAUUUACUGCACAUUUUAUCGACUGGCACGUGUUACGCUCAAAGAUAUUCGUAUUGUAGGUGUGUAUCUUUGGGCGUGGGACGUCGGUCCUUUUAACUUUUUACUACAAGCUAUGUACACAUGAUAUUCACUCGAUGUUUUAUAAUGAAAUGUAAACGUGUAUCGUAAUGUAUAUUGCAAAUGUUUGUAAGUUAUUUUGAACGACGUUAUGAGAUGGUGCAAAUGGUUGUGAAUAUGUGUUAUAACCCGGGAGGGAGGCCAUCUUGCUUUUCAAAAUGGCUGUUGCGAUGACAACAGCUGUUUCGGGAUUACGUUUGUUUGUCAAUAUUUCACAUUAAUUUUAUUCCCGUAUUACAGCAUCCGUUUAAUAGAUUCGUUAUCUAGUUGACUUUCACACUCCAUACAAUAGUUGUUGUUCGGGCUCCAGAUCGUGCUUAUCGUAUGUUCAUUUUUGUCAAUGACCCCUCACACUCGUAAGUUAUAUAAAUUUAGCUUUAAUCACAGCAUCGAAGACUGUAUAUUCAGAAUGUUAAUAUAAGAAUAUUUUCAGCUUAUAAUCAUAUCUAUGUUAAUGACAAAGUUUUCAUAGUGACCGUAUUUAAUAGAAUGAACACGAAGCUUAGGAAAUAUGUACAAAGUUAUUAUAAAGUUGUUGCGUAGCUAGAAUAAUUUAGCGAUUAUUUUUCUAUAGAAAACUUGUGUUUAAAUACGUGCAUCAGGUACAGUAAACGGUUUGGCAUUUAUUGUUUCGGAAUAAUUAUGGAUUUGUUAUCGAAACUUUUGUUUUACCAGCAUAAAAAUACAUUUUUACAAAUUGUAACACAAUAUUCUAGAAACGACUAUUCCAUGUAUUGGUUGUAACAUAAACUGUUAGACUUCAUAGUAUUUAUUUAUUUAUUGUAUCAAUGAAUUAUCUUACAUUAUUUGCUUCUUAUUAAUGUAUAUGAAUUUUUCACAAUAUAUAGUUAUUUUUAAAAUUAAAUUCAAUCUAUGUAAUCAUAGUUCAUCAAAACUGCACUAAAAUCUGUAUUACACUCUGACAUUAAAUUCAAUGUUGAUAUAUUUAUUAAUUAAUUUAUUACAAUUAUUGAUAAUUAUUUCACAGUUAAGAAUUAUUAGUUUUUAAACGUAUUUUUGAUUUCUGAACGAUGUAAAGAGUGUAAUACAGCCCUACCUUAAGUCGCAUACUCACAUGUGUUAAAACGCGCCAUCUGAUGGCCGCUUGUAUAGUAAUAUUUGUUACAAUUUCCAAGGAAAGCAAUGUUUUCCUUCAUCAAGCAAUAUUAAUAUAAAAAAAAUUAGUUCAUAGAUUAUACAUUAGAUAAGAGGGAAAAAACGAAUACUCAUUUUGAGAUAAAUUGAAAUAUAAAUUAGAUAGUUAAGGUGAUCUAGAUAUUAAAUCGCGACAGCAAUAAUAUAUUUGUAUGUAAAGCUAUUGAGCGUUAAAUUUUUAAUAGUCGUAGUUAGUUGUGAAUAAUUGAGCUAGUGUUGUUAUUUUUUAACGUGACAGAGAUUAUUUGUUCGUGUGAGACGUCUUCGGAGAUGGCCGAUAAUUACUCGCUCACAACACAUCGUGGAGGUUAACAUCGUGUGAUAUAGGUACAUUAAAUUAAGUUUAUAGUCGUCAGCAUUAAUUAAAAUAAAAUGCAAAAUUGUA